AUGUAUUGGAAACAUAUUUCAUUCUUGGUAUGGUCCCCUCUAACACUCGAGCUGUAUAGUGCCCUUGGAAUGAUGGGAAAAGUUGAACCUGGUGACAAUUGGGAUGUUGCAACGUUGGUAUAUCAUGGCAAGGAUACGUGGCCCCCCAAAGACCAGGUCAUCAAGAAAGCUACAUCCAAUUUGAUUCAAGCGGGGCGUUUACCGUCGGCAUCGAGCUCUCUAGGCCCAUCAGGAUUUGAUAUACCCCAUGGAUAUACGUCACAACUCACUUACAAGAAGAAGCUUCCGGAACAAGAAGUAUGGGACCUUCCACCUAUGCACUUUGUAGAUUACGUGGCAAGCUUUGAUCCCGAUGUGAAUGCUUUAAGAUGUCGCCAUCAACAACAUCUCGAUACUUUUUUGCAGACCGGGUAUCAAGUGUACAGUAUGGCUGUUAAAAGUUUACACAAUCGUUUAGGUUCUGCUUCACACCAAAUCCUAGAAACAACCCUUGAGAAGAUCAAGAAGGAAAAAACUUUCCAUCACAUGUCUGAGCCUGAGAGAGACUGGUAUACCAAGAUUUUUUUCAUCCUAGGAGAGGCAGCGCAUGAAGCAUCUCCCAUUUAUGAACCUAUGGUCAACUUAUAUAACUGUGUGGCAUCUUUGCAAACUUCUUGGUACACCUUAUAUACACUUGCAGAAAAGAAUUUACCGGAAACAUACAGUUUCUGGGAUAGAGCUGCAAGCAAAUUGAAAAUUGAAGCAAAUUUAGAACAUAUCCUUCAGUUCCCUCGUACUUUAAGGAAUGGCCUUAAUCAACUUGUAAAAUUUAAUCUAUACAAUUAG